AUGAAGCUUCUCAUCACCACAUUGUCACUCGCCAUUCUCGCAACGGCUUCCUGCACUGGCCACUCAACCAAUCAGGCACUUUUCACGCCCUACGAACCGGUUCAUCCCCUCGACGAAGGAUACUUCCCUCGGCCAAAGUUCUUCGAGCGUGUAGAAACGGCCCUGCUGCAGGAACACCCCGUGGUCGUACGUUUUCCGGACACCCAUCCAAAGGUCACUCCAGUUCACCAGCACCAGGACGCGUUCCUGGCGGACCAACACUACCUGAGCUUCGUUGCACCCUCUUCAUCGCUUGUGGCGUACGUUCCAGUUCAGCGGGGCCAUCUUGGCCCUUGGGCCGUACCAAAUGUCUUCAUCAAGGGCCAAGGAUACAGCACCAACCAGUACGUCGCGCCAGCGCUGAUGCAAAAGCUUCUCGCACAGGAUCCUCGGUAACAUCCGCUGUCCUAGAACCUCCGUAAGCGUACGAGAGAGAAAGAAAGACA